CACCGAAAAAUCCUCCCUUUCUUUCUUGCUUCAAGCCACCCUUCGGCGAAAGAGGCGGAGCAUGACGGGAGGCGACGGCGCCACCGGUGGCGACGGUGGUCUUCUGGACUACUGGAGAUCAAGCGGGACUCAUUCGAUUCGAUGGUUCCUGAUGCCGAGCUCCAAUGGAUAGAUCGGUGUGGGACAUGGCGUGAUCGUAGGAUGACAUCCGUUGGUUGUCGAAGAAGUCCACCGAUCGGAUGGAGGCGAGGAAAUUUGGGGCUACCAUCGAGCACGUGUCGUUCGGCUGGUGUUAACGCUUCACCAAAGGAUGGAUGAGGAGUACGAUGUCAUCGUUCUUGGGACGGGCCUCAAAGAAUGCAUCCUUAGCGGUCUUCUCUCCGUAGACGGUCUCAAGGUCCUUCAUAUGGACAGGAAUGACUAUUAUGGCGGGGAGUCUACAUCCCUAAAUCUCAUUCAGCUGUGGAAGCGACUAAAGGGCAAUGACAAGCCUGAAGAAAAUUUGGGUUCAAGCAAAGAGUACAAUGUCGACAUGGUCCCCAAGUUCAUGAUGGCCAACGGUGCUUUGGUCCGUGUUCUUAUUCACACCGGUGUCACAAAAUAUUUAAAUUUCAAGGCUGUUGAUGGUAGCUUCGUAUACAACAAAGGGAAGAUCUACAAAGUGCCAGCCACUGAUGUUGAAGCAUUAAAAUCCACCUUGAUGGGACUUUUUGAAAAGCGUCGUGCCCGAAAGCUCUUCAUUUAUGUACAAGAUUAUGAGGAUAAUGAUCCAAAAUCUCAUGAAGGCCUGGAUCUCAACAAAGUUACAACCAAAGAGCUUUUUGCAAAAUAUGGGUUAGAGGACAACACCGUUGAUUUUAUUGGGCAUGCAUUGGCGCUUCAUAGGGAUGACAGCUACCUUGAUGAUCCUGCAAUAGAUACUGUGAAGAGAAUGAAGCUUUAUGCUGAGUCAUUGGCACGCUUUCAAGGAGGAUCUCCUUAUAUUUAUCCACUAUAUGGAUUGGGAGAGCUUCCCCAGGGUUUUGCUCGUCUUAGUGCUGUUUAUGGUGGAACCUACAUGCUCAACAAGCCUGAAUGCAAGGUGGAGUUUGAUGCAAAUGGAAAAGCUUAUGGUGUGACAUCUGAAAGCGAGACUGCUAAAUGUAAGAAAGUAGUUUGUGACCCUUCAUACUUGCCUGAUAAGGUUAAGAAGGUUGGAAGAGUAACACGUGCUAUAUGUAUAAUGAGUCAUCCCAUUCCACAUACCAAUGAUGCACACUCAGUGCAGAUUAUCCUGCCACAGAAACAGCUAGGGCGUAAAUCAGACAUGUAUGUCUUUUGUUGCUCUUACACUCACAAUGUAGCUCCAAAAGGGAAAUAUAUUGCUUUUGUUUCAACUGAAGCCGAAACUGACCAACCUGAGGUAGAACUGAAGCCUGGGAUUGAUUUACUUGGACCUGUGGACGAGACCUUUUUUGAUAUUUAUGACAGAUAUGAACCCGUCAACAAGCAUGAUGAGGACAAUUGCUUCAUAUCUACGAGUUAUGAUGCAACGACACACUUUGAAUCAACAGUCCAAGAUGUCCUCUCCAUGUACGGUAGGAUAACUGGGAAGGAGCUUGAUUUGACAGUGGAUCUGAGCGCUGCCAGUGCUGCUUCUGAAGAUGCUUAGAUUUUCUACUCAACCUGGAUGAUUGAGUGAGAGGAUGAUUACAGACUGAAUGAAAGUUUCUUUCUGUUUUUUGUUUUCUAUUCACCAGCCAUACGAGAUUUCAUUGUCCUUUCUGUUAGGUGCACAUUUGAAGCUCAGUUUUUAUUCAUUCCAAGAACCAUCAGUCAAUGCAUGCAGUGAAAUUAAUACAUUUGAGCAGAACUUUGAUUCCAA